GCGCACGUUAGUAACGCCUCCCCCCCUCCCAAUUUUCUUUUCCUUUCUACAAUUUCUUUCUUCUUCACUUUCUCUCUCCUCCCCUUCUUCUGUGUCGUUGUUGUUUAGGGUUAUCUGCAACCGCAGUCACUCCUCUUUGUCUCUCCUCCCCCUUUUCUUCACCACCCAAUUCCCAUUUCCCUUUUCAAAUUUGAAUUUACAUCACUAAUUUUCUUUCAAUUUUAAUUUUUAGGGUUUUGAGAUAUUUCAAUGCCUGGAAAUUUACCGACUUUUUCGGCUGCUGCUGGAACUUCUGGUGCUAGAGUUUUGAGUGAUUGCACAACUUCGCCUUGUGGCGCUGGGGCUGCCCGUGUUGCUUUCCGGGUUCCCCGUUUUUUCAUUCUGUUCCCCAAUUUGAAUUUUGAUUCGGCAUGACAUAAGAGGGAUUUUCUGGCUCCCCUAUUUUGUUUCUGUUAAUAAUUGAAAGUGGGGUUUUAGGUUUUUUUUUUUUUUUUUUUUUUUUUGGAUUUUUGAUCGGGGAGAGUUGUUAAUCUAUGGCGCCGAGUCGAAGGAAGAGCGCUAGCAAAGCUGCUGCUGCUGCUGCGGCUCGCCGGCAGUGGAAAAUUGGCGAUCUUGUUCUUGCUAAGGUCAAAGGUUUUCCGGCUUGGCCUGCUACGGUAAGUGAGCCGGAGAAAUGGGGAUAUUCAUCUGAUUGGAAAAAAGUACUUGUUUACUUCUUUGGGACAAAGCAAAUAGCGUUCUGCAAUCCUGCUGACGUGGAAGAGUUUACAGAGGAGAAGAAAGACCUUCUUCUAGGCAAGCGUCAGGGGAGAGGUGCUGAUUUUGUCCGUGCUGUGCAGGAGAUUGUCGAUUGUUACGACAAGUUGAAGGAGAGCGAUCGGGAUGACCGGCUGAGCGCUGGUCUUGCUCCUGCUGAAAAUGCCGAAACUGGUGAACUUAAUGCAACUAAUGGAACACAUAAUUCCAUUGUCAAAACAUCUAAUUCUUGUAGACCAAAAGAUGAACCGGGCACUGUUUUGGAAGAUGUUGGAGCUCUCACAGAGGUGGAAUCUAUGCGGCAAAGGGGGCCAUCAGAAGACCAGGAUAAUAAUGCUGUUGCACCCAGCUUCUCGAUGCCUAAUAGCUACACUUUGAGGAAAAAGUCCAGAAGCAGUCAGCCUCAACGGUCCGCUAAUAAAAAGAAAGUAUCUAUUCAAAGGUCCAGAAGUUCAUUGAGGUUUCAUCCGGGUGGUCUACAAAAUGGUGAUUUGAAAUGUUGUGAUAGCAAACUCUUGGAUGAUGUUGGCAUAAAUGGGUUUUUGGAUGGUCCACUGAGAAGAGCCAAGAGGAGCAAAAGAUCACCUGAUUUGACUGUUCCCAGUGUUGAGGAUUCGCCCAUUUGUAAUUCCAAUGGAACUGUGGAAGAUAAUGGAUCCGAAAUUGCUAUGGCUGAUUCCGAGAGCCUCAGUAAUAAUGAAUGUAGUGCCAUUGAGUCUGACCAUAAACGUGAACAAUCAGAUAUUCUUAGUGAAAGCUUUGAAGGAAGUCUUGAGUUAAGCAGAAGGCUUGGUUUUCAAGCAAAGACUAUUGUUGUGAGAAAGAAAAGGAACCCAGGAAGAAAACGAGUUCAAAUUGAUGGCCUAGAAUCUACGUCCAGAUCUGAUCAUAAAGUUAUUAAUGAGGUACGCGUCCUGAAAGAUGCAAUGGAAUUGCCGUCCUCGUGUGGGAAAUUGAUUGACAGUCAUCCCAAGGAUGAAGGUGAUGAACACUUACCGCUAGUAAAACGUGCUAGAGUUCGAAUGGGAAAAAUGCCAGUUGAAGACCAUCAGCAGCUAGAUUUUCUAGUGAAGGGUGAGGAGAAAUCCUUAGCUUUUGUUCCAGUAAGUGCAAGUACGGUGGCGAGCACUUCCUUGAACUGUGAUGAUAUUCAUCCACCAAAGAACUUUUUAACUGUUAAUGAAUCAAUGGUAUCUUCACCCGUGGAUAAUUCUGGUCUGGUUGCGGAGGAUAAGCCUCAACCUCAGGAUAGAUCUGCCUCUUGUGUUGUUAAUGAGCUAGUAGCCUGUUCACCGGCGAAUAAUUGUAACCACAUUCCAGAUGACAAGCCUCAGCCUUGGAAGGCUAAGACAAAUCUCCCGUCUGGCUGUGUAUUUGACGGUGAAGCUGCUUUGCCUCCGUCAAAGCGCCUUCAUCGGGCCUUAGAAGCCAUGUCAGCUAAUGCUGCGGAUGAGAGGGGUACACCAACAGAGGUAUCUUUGUCAACAGAAGUAGAAAAUAAACUGUCUCAUCUUCCUUUCGCAGAGACCAACUCCGACAUGCUUGUGAAUAGUGCAACUGACAGUAACUUAGAAUCACAUCAUGAUUCUUUGGACUGCAAUAAUGCUUUGCUUGAAAAUUGCUCUGGACUUUCUAACAUUUCUAACCCAACCAGUUAUGAAGUAAUAACUAAGUCUUUUCAAGAAGUGUCGAUGUCGGACUCACCUGACAGGAUUUUGGACAGUGAAAAGGCUGAAUUUAAAAAUAAUGCUGAGGAAGUGGGUGAUUGUGUAGAUAAUAAAAAUCCUAGCGGAUCAGAGAUUACUAUGUUGCCUGACAAUGCUCUCCCAGAUAAGGCUUCACAAGCCUUAUUGAGCAGUGUUACCGAGUUGGGAUCCUUGUUGCAAUCAAUGACUACUGAACUGUCUCAGCCUCAUGUGGAGGUUUUAAGCAAGACAGGAAAAGAAGAAAUUCAUGAAAGUGGGACAGAAUGUAAAAAGUCAGAGAAUAAGUUGCAUUCUGGAAGAGACGGAAAUUCUGUACCAGGGGAAGAUAAAGUUCUAGAUAUAGGAUGCAGUAAUGGUACUGCUGCAAAUUUCUGUCAAGAAGAGGCUGGCAGUUGUGCAGCAAGUGACAAUUUGAAGGUUGCGGCGGGCGAAAUUACUGAAGCUAGUAGUAUAUGUGAAACUGCCGACAAAGUUAAAGAUACCACAUCAGAUGUAAGAAUGGAUGCCUCCUCAUCACCUCCGUUGAAUGCAUCUUCAUCUCCUCUGUUGAAUGCAUCUUCACAACGAACUUGUCAUGGUGCCUCAGUUUCUUGUGGUCUGUCAAAUGAUCUGAAUGAUGAUAGUAAAACCACAAGUACCCUUCCUGCUGAGGUAGAUAAGCAGAAGCAUGUUUCUCUUCCAAAUAACCUUAUGGCUGCCUCAGAUAACAGUUGUCAUUCUCCGCAUAGGGAGGCUGAAACCAUUUAUGCGAUGUUACCUCAUGGGAAGUUGGCUGCAGAUGCUGGUGAAAGUAAAGUUGUAGAUACUGGUAUGCGUCUUCAGGGUAAGCCAGGGGAAAGAACCAAUCUUGCAGAAGUGAAAGCUGCUCUUGCAUCUCUUGAGUUGACACUUGGGUCAUUGACGAGAACCAAGGAAAGCAUAGGCCGGGCAACCCGAAUAGCAGUUGACUGUGUUAAAUUUGGUAGUGCUGUUGAGGUGGUAGACCUUCUUGCACUCUAUUUGGAGAAAGAGUCAAGCAUGUAUCGGCGAGUUGAUCUCUUUUUUCUUGUGGAUUCAAUUGCCCAAUGCUCUCGAGGUUUAAAAGGUGAAGUAGGUGGUACCUAUAUCUCAGCUGUCAAGGAGAACCUUGCACGCAUUUUAUCAGCUGCUGCUCCACCUGGUCAAGCCGGAAGAGAAAACCGUAGGCAAUGUUUGAAGGUCUUACGACUUUGGCUAGAUAGAAGGAUCUUCCCGGAAACCAUGAUUUGUCAACAUAUACGGGAGCUUGACUCACUUAACUGUUCCUCUUCUACUGGCGGUUAUUCUCGGCGCAUGUCAAGGACAGAGAGAUCUUUUGAUGAUCCUUUACGAGACAUGGAAGGGAUGCUAGUUGACGAGUAUGGGAGCAAUUCAAGUUUUCAGCUUCCUGGAUUUUGCAUGCCCCGUAUGCUUAAGGAAGAAGAUGAUGGUAGUGAUUCUGACGGGGGAAGUUUUGAGGCUGUUACUCCGGAGCAUGAUUCUAAAGAUCAAGAACCACAUGAAGUGACUGCUGUGGCUGCAACCGAGAAGCACAGACAUAUCUUAGAGGAUGUUGAUGGCGAGCUUGAAAUGGAGGAUGUGGCACCCUCAAGUGAUAUUGAAAUGGAUCCAACUGCUGCUAUUACUAUUGAUGCUUCUCUUGAUGCACACAGUUGUAAAGAGCAGUUUACCUCUUUUGUCCCUCCGUUACCUCACGAUGUACCUCCUCGAGCACCUCCUUUGCCGACAUCCCCACCCCCACUGCCGCCUCUUCCGCCGCCACCACCACCACCACCACCUCCGCCUCCUCCUCCACUUCCUCCAUCUGUAUCUACAAUGCCUCAUGUCGAUGGGGAUUCACAGCAUUAUGCUGGUCGAAAUAGUAUGCAAGAAGCAAUGUCAUCAAGACCGCCGGCUUCUGGAAUGCACCAUCCAAUGCAGAUGCCCACAUCAACAAGCUGCUCUUACAAUUCCUAUCCUGUAAUGCAUAAUCCUGUAGCACCGGGGAAUAAUCUGCAACCGAUGGAUGGUAACUUGUAUGGCAAACCUUAUAACGUGAGGCCACCAUACCCCCCAUCCUCGUCCAAUCAGUUUUCUUACCUUCAGGCAGAUCAACAAGUCAGGCCACAAAGGGAGGUUCCGCCACCCCCACCCUACUAUGACCGGUCCCGCUUUGGUCAGAGUGUAGACGGUGGUCAAUUUUAUGGUGACCAAGAUAAUGUCAGACCGCCUAGACAUGAGUUGACAGACGGUUGGGGUUAUUCUAGACCCCCAUAUCCAGGUCCUUGUGAACCAAUGAGACCUCCUAACCAUGGGUGGGGAUUUCCUCCCCAUCAAGUGCACCAUCGAAAUCAUAUUCCUAGUGGACCACCUUGUGAUGGUUUGUGCCAUUUAAUUCAUUCCAUUGUCCUGGCUACUGGCGACCAAGAUGAGCAUUGUAGUAUAGCCAUUUGGCAACGGCGGUUAGGCAGAAUUUUUGGUCCAGAUAAUCCGGCUUUGUGCAAAGGAUUGAGGGACUCCUUGAUGUGCAAUAGAAUUUCCAAGUUGCAAAUACUGAGGAUGAGUAGCAAGCCUAUUUCCUUCUUAGCAAAGUCACAAGAUCAUUUCAGAAGCAACCCACAAAAUCUCAGCUUAAUUCAGGUGAACCCAUUUCCUUACACUCUCCCAUUUCACUCUUGUUCAUCAAAAUUGUACAAGAAUUUUAGCAAGAAUAACAAACUGCUACAACCAACUAAUGCUUCAAUUACAAGUAGUAGCACUUCAACUGUAGAAAAAUCUCCCACAAACCAGGCAUUUAGAAGCAAAAAUCCAAAGGAUAUUAAUGUAUUGGUUGUGGGUUCAACUGGGUACAUUGGCAAAUUUGUUGUAAAAGAGUUGGUAAAAAGGGGUUUUAAUGUGAUUGCUGUUGCUAGAGAGAAAAGUGGGAUUAAGGGUAAGUAUGGUAAAGAAGAGACUCUUAGUCAAUUGAAUGGAGCUAAUGUGUGCUUCUCUGGGGUUACUGAUUUGGAUGAAUUGGAGAGAAAUUUGGAAAAUUUUGGGGUUGGUUCGAUUGAUGUGGUGGUGUCAUGCCUUGCGAGUCGAAAUGGGGGGAUUAAGGACUCGUGGUUGAUUGAUUAUGAGGCAACAAAGAACAGUCUAACUGCUGGAAGGAAAUUCGGGGCUGUUCACUUUGUGUUGCUUUCUGCAAUAUGUGUGCAAAAACCCCUUUUGGAGUUUCAGAGAGCCAAAUUGAAAUUCGAGGCGGAGUUGAUGCAGGAAGCUGAAAAAGAUGAGGGGUUUAGUUAUAGCAUUGUGAGGCCUACUGCGUUUUUCAAGAGUUUAGGAGGGCAAGUUGAGCUUGUGAAAGAUGGGAAGCCUUAUGUAAUGUUUGGGGAUGGGAAAUUGUGUGCUUGUAAACCAAUGAGUGAGCCUGAUUUAGCUUCGUUUAUUGUGGAUUCUGUCUUACAUGAGGAUAAGAUUAAUCAGGUUUUACCCAUUGGAGGGCCAGGAAAAGCACUUACCCCAUUAGAGCAGGGAGAAAUGUUGUUUAAACUCUUGGGGAAAGAGCCAAAGUUUAUCAAAGUUCCUAUUGAGAUCAUGGAUUUCGCAAUUGGUGUUCUUGAUUUUCUAGUUAAGGUGUUCCCUUCGUUGGAAGAUGCAGCGGAGUUUGGGAAAAUUGGGCGGUAUUAUGCUGCCGAGAGUAUGCUGGUUUUGGAUCCUGAGACUGGAGAUUACAGUGCUGAGAAAACUCCAAGCUAUGGAAGAGACACUUUGGAGGAGUUCUUCCAGAAGGUUCUUACGGAAGAAAUUGGCGUUUGCCGCGUUUCUUUUAACAGCUGCCAAACUACACACAAAAUCAUUCUACUGUUCACUGCCAAAGUAUUUGACGAGGAACAGAGUUUUACUUUUCUUUCUUUUUUUGGUUUUCAAAUGGGUGCUGUUGAAUCAGUCCCACAACAAUCCAUCCAUGAGUUUACUGUCAAGGAUAACAGGGGAAAAGAUGUUGAUCUAAGUAUGUAUGAAGGGAAGGUUCUUCUGGUUGUAAACGUUGCUUCAAAAUGUGGGUUUACCAAUAUGAAUUAUACCCAGUUGACCGAAUUGUACCAGAAAAAUAAGGAUGAAGGUUUUGUAGUAUUGGCUUUUCCUUGCAAUCAAUUUCUCAAACAAGAACCUGGGACAAGUGAAGAUGCUGCAAAUUUUGCUUGUACAAGAUUCCAAGCUGAGUACCCCAUUUUUCAAAAGGUAUGCGUGAAUGGACCUAAGACUGCAGAUGUGUACAAAUUCCUUAAAGCAAGUAAACGUUCAUCUAUUUUUGGAAGUGGUAUCAAGUGGAACUUUACAAAGUUCCUAAUCGGCAAGGAUGGGAAAGUCAUUAAACGAUAUGGUACAACAACUUCUCCUCUGUCCAUCGAGGGAGAUAUCAAAAAAGCGUUAGGGGAUAUGUGACGGACCAAUUCACCAAAAUGGCUAGAGAAUGAAGUUCUGAUGAUUCUUUUUUCUUCUUUUCCUGAAAAAGAUUGUGUGAUUAAUAUUUUUUUGUGUAUAGAAAGAAAGCUGCUGCUUGUUUAGCAAUAAAUUCUGUUACUGUCGUUAUUCUGGCACUACGUGUAUGAUAUUUCGUUGAUGCUAUACGAUUUCCUCAGACCUUUGUAGAAGCACCCAGAACUCAUGGUUUACAUUUCUUAAUGUAUUGGUUUCCCAGAUACCAACCAA